AAUUAUGCAUUUGAAAUAUUUGUGGUUUAUUUACAUAAUUCUAAGCCUUGCUCCUGCUGCCGUUGCUCAAAUAGUACCAUGCCCACUGAAAUACCAGUGUCACACAAAGGAAGAGCCGGUUUGGGGAAGCGAAAAUCGAAGAUGUCACAUUUUCCUUAAUAAAUGUUUCCUGGCAAAUGAAAACUGUGAACGCAUGAAUAAUCAUCUGUCAAUGCUUAGGCUAGAAAAUCAGACAGUUUGCCAACAAAAGUGUCAUCAAUCGUGUCCGGACAUAAUUGCGCCCGUGUGCGCCAUCUACAGGGGAUUCCUGGAAACCUUCUCAAACCAAUGUGUUCUGGAUAAGCAAGCUUGUACAACGGGAAAGCCCUGGCAUUAUCUUUUUGCAGGCGACUGUGAUGCUAUUUACUCACUUGACGAAAAGAAAGUUUUGUAGGAGGUGUACAUAGGAGUCCCUAUUGCAGACAACAAAAUUAGUUAAAUACAUAUGCAUUUUUAUUUUAGC